AUGUCGCUGAAUCCCGAGCCGUCCAUGCCUGAGGAGCGUGCGCAGCAGGACCUGCCGCCCAAGUCGUACGCCGACGCCGCCGAAAAAGGCCUUCAGCCCGACCCGGAUCCACUUUCACAUGUCAACGAUUCGGACGACACGAUGGAGCACAGUGCAAGAAAAGUCAAGGGGCAGAUUGGCGAGGUAAAGAUCAAUGGCCUUGAGCUAGGCUCGAAUGAGGACGACAUCUCGCACGAAGGCAUUGGUCAGGACGGGUCGCCCAAGAGCCCAACAGCAAAAGGCCAUCGUCGCGUGUCAUCGCGCAGCUCUCGUGCAUCUUCCAGCCAUAAACACGGCGAAAAGAUGGAGAAUGGCGUCUAUGAGAAGCAUCCAACUGAAAAGGGCAGUGGCCAUGCACUGACGAGUGUGAAGCCGCAGCAGGAGCAAGAAAUGGCAGAGGCCGAUCGAAGAACCGACCUCAAGCGCAGAAACUCCGAGUUGACAACAGGACGGCAGGCUGGCGCAGGAUGGGCUCAGAGCAAAAUACGUUUUGCUCCCAUGAACGUGCCCCUCCAGCGCCGCCUCCAGACCCUCGCCGUCCUCAUGCACACGCUGAGUAUCGUUGGAAGUCUUGCCAUCUUCUUCUUUCUCUGCAGCAUUCCCUUGCUCUGGCCCAUUCUCCUUCCUUACACCAUCUACGUCCUCUUCUCCAACGCCGGCACCUCGGGCGAGCUCUCUUUCCGUAGCGAUCGCAUGCGACGACUACCCGUCUGGUCGCUCUUCGCAUCAUACUUCCCCGCCCGUCUCCACCGCUCACAGGAGCUGGAACCAACGAGAAAGUACAUAUUUGGCUACCAUCCGCACGGCAUCAUAUCCCAUGGUGCCUUUGCUGCCUUUGCGACGGAAGCCUUGGGGUUUGCCCAACUCUUCCCAGGCAUCACAAACGCUUUGCUUACCCUUGACUCAAACUUCCGCUACCCCAUCUACCGCGAAUAUGCUCUCCGUCUAGGCAUGGCCUCUGUGUCUCGCGAGUCUUGUGAGAACAUACUUUCCAAAGGUGGCCCUAACAACGAAGGCAUGGGACGCGCCAUUACCAUUGUUGUAGGCGGCGCUGCCGAGUCUCUGGACGCACGUCCUGGCUCCAUCAAACUGGUCCUCCGUCGCCGCAAAGGCUUUGUCAAGAUGGCUAUCCGCACAGGUGCCGAUCUCGUCCCCGUUCUUUCGUUUGGCGAAAACGACAUCUACGAUCAGCUUGACACCGAGUCACAUCCUUAUAUUCACAAGUUCCAAAUGCUUGUCAAGAAGUUUAUGGGCUUCACCAUCCCUAUAUUCCACGCCCGUGGCAUCUUCAACUACGACGUCGGCAUGAUGCCUUAUCGCCGGCCUAUCAAUAUCGUGGUCGGCCGCCCAAUCAGGAUAGUACAGGACAAGCACCCGGACAACGAAUACAUCAACGAGGUACACCAGCAGUAUGUGGAUGAGCUCAUGCGUAUAUGGAACGAGCACAAGGACAGAUUUGCCAAACACAGGACUGGUGAGCUGGAGAUUGUCGAGUAG